GGCUACAGGAUGGAAGGUAAGACCGGCCAUUUCCUAGAAGAAGCUAUAUGAUGGGGGAUAAGGUAAGCACGCGGAGUGAGGCACGGCCUCUUGAGAACCAAGAGAAUGAGCUGAAGCCAUGUUCCUCUAAGGUAGGUUAAGUAUGGGUAUCUGGGAAUUCCGCACACUGCUAGUCACCCUCAUAUAACGGCUGAGAUCCGGCCCAGGCAACACAGGUCUUCCACGACCACCUGUAAACAUCUUAGCACUUCAUCAUGUAGACGGCCAUCAAAUGAGAAUAAAGCUCGUAAGACUCGUGCCGUCGAUGAAGGAGGCAAUAGUCAGCCUCUCAUUCGCGACAGACCGUGAAGCAGGCGGGCAUGACUUGGACUCAAUUUCGUCGUCCGGGAUGGCGGCAAUAACGGGGGCAAGUGGGGCUGAAGAACGUCGUUCGGACAGCGUGAUGACACUCAAAUCAGCGGUGCGAGAUUAUGCAUACCAUACCGGGAGAAGAGCCUCCAGGUCGCUGUCUGGAGCAAAAAAAUCAAACGUUGCCGAAAAUAGCUACAGCAAAAGUAAGCGAGAGAUAUGGAGCCUGGCUUGUGCAGAAGUUCGUAUUAGGGACGCGAAGGAAUCUGAUUCCUAUUUGUUGUCGCUGCGGGUGGUGGAGGGAAAGGCGGUAUGAUUGGGUUAGUUGACUGACGAGUUAUCGCAGUUGACGGAUGACGGGUUCUGACGAAGAGAGUCAAUGU